UAGUGAAGUGACACUUUAUAUUUUGUAUGUCGCGCUGUCAGAAUUAAUUGAACAUACACACACACAGAGUGUGUUUAUUGAUCAGUGGAUCGGAAGAUUGUUUUAUACUGUUGUCUUUGAUCUGGAUAAUUGUCAAAUCUUAAUCAUUUACUAGAGAAAUAUUGAUAUAAUUUAACAUUAUUUACAGAUAGUUAAUAAAAAUAUGACUUGUGUAUUACAUCUGACAACUUCGUACACAACGCACUUAAAUGAGGGCGAUGCAACGGUUGCCUUACAAAAUAAAGGCUGCAAUGUUUUUGACUUCGAUUGGAUAAGUACUCAAGAUCUACAUGAUGGAAUGUCUGAAGCAAGCACGGGUUCUUCAAUUUGGGAUGGAACCGACAUUUCUAAUUUAAAAGGAUUGUCGACAAAUGUCAAACAUGAGCAAUUGCACAUGCAAGCAGUUGUUCAAACUGAGACAGAACUUGAUUCGAGCGAAAGGGGCUCCUGUUGGGAGGAAAAACAUGCAUUUACAAACGAUAAACAAGCCGUGAACAAUUCAUUUGAAAUGUGUAAAAAGAGGUAUAUGAUAAUGAACCAGAAGAGUACCAAGAGCCACGGAAUAAAACGAAAAGCGGAAGAGAUUGGGAUCGACGAAAUGUAUAUUCCAUCGAAACGUGUGUCACCAUUCUUAAACACACCAAAAGAAAGAAAAGAUAUUAGACGAAACAUUUUGAAAAUCUCAGUUAAAAAGUUAAAACAGUUAGAUGAUCCCGAAUCUUUUCUUAGGAGAACAGUUCUUGUUAAUAAUACAAUGAAACGCCUGCAGACGGAAUUACUACAUGAAAAGCGUGGAAAUAGGGAAACUGAAUCAAGUAAUAAGAAUUAUUUUAAUGGAUAUUGUGAAUUUAGCAUCAAUUGUAUGUGGAACUCUUACUUAUUAGAUGACUCCCAUCUGAGUGGAGUUCAUGAGAAGAUCAUUGAUGAUAUGACAGACACACUCAUAAAUAAUGCGUUUAAUGAUAAAGUAGAUGCAGAUUCUAAUGUUAAUUCUAUUCAAAUUCCUUCUUUUUACGUUUCUAUAGACAAUUAUUCUAGCCACACAUGUUCCAGUGUUGCAGAAUCAGGCAGAGAUUGUGUCUGUCAGUUUUGCGUAGAUAAUAGAACAUAUAUGAUGGCAAAAUCUAUUGAUAGAUGUAAUGAGUUAAGGAGAGUAUGUAAGCGCAGUACAAAUAAUAGUGUAGAAAAUGCCAAGAACAGCGAUGGUGAUGAUUGCAAAUAACUGCCAUUAGGUAAAAUGGCCACCUAAUCCAUUGAAAACGUACACUUUUAAGUAAGUGGUGAAGUUAUAUAUCAUGUUUUGACCAGGACAAUAAAAUGUGUCACAUUACAUCUACAUGGCCAUUUUGCUCUUGAAAUAAUCAAAAGAUGUUAUAAUUCUUUUUUAAAUAUUGUGUAAAAGUGUUGUGGCACACAAGGCAAAAUCCUAUUUUGCAAUUAAUUUUUGGAAAUGGAAUAAAGAUAUUUAUGAAGCCACAGACUUCGCCACAUAUCAUCGAAGCAUUCCUUCAACACAUUCUUGCCUACAUUGAAUAUAUUAUAGAAUAGCGAUCUCAUUUUCUUACAAAGAAGUUUGAUGUAUGAAUAUACUUAAAGUAUUA